ACUCCUUGACAUGAGUCUUUCUCUCAUCAUUCAAUAUAACCAAGUUUUAUUUUUGUGCUCAUCAUUUCAUUUUUUUGGUCUGGAACAAAAGAUAUUUAUUCUUUCAAGAGUAAUUUGCACCAUAAAUACUUAAGUUUAACUCUUAGUUGCAAAAAAUACCUAAAUUUAAUUUUUGGCGGUAAGAAUCACUAAGUUAUAUUUAUAGAACUCCGUAACUACGUGGUAAUUAAAUGUCAAGUCAUUAUACACGUGUCAUUUUCUUAUUGGUAUAUUUAAACUAAUUAUUUUUUUAAAAAUAAAAAUUUAAGGACUUGAACCAAUCAGGAAUUGUCAUGUGACAAUUUACUUAACACUUCACAGUAAGGUACUUACAGAAGUUCCAAAAUUAUAACUUAGGUAUUAUUACUGCUCAAAAUUAAAUUCCCAAAAUUAAACUUAAGUAUUUAUUUGUAAACGAGAGUUAAAUUUAUGUAUUUAUAUCGCAAAUAGUUCUUCUUUCAACCCUGAAACAAGUCAAGACAAGUGUCACAGUAUUUGGAGCAUCCAACAUCAAGUCUUGUUCAUGAAGUAAAAUAUCUAAAAAUUUUCAGUGCUAAAUCUUUCUAAUUUCAUGAAACAUGAAACUAUUGUUUUUUAUUUUUUUGAACAGACAUGAAACUAUUGUUUGAUAUACUCAUUUUCAUCAAAAUCAAAUAAAUAAUUGCAGGCUGAUCUUUGAUACGAAUUUCCUAUCAUUUAAGUGUAAACAGUAGCCAAAAGAAGGCAAAAUAGCAAAAGAGGAAUUUAAUAGCUAAUAUAUUGAUAUUGGGGUGAUAAGAGAACAAGUUGCUAGAUAUUCGAGAGAUCCAGCUUUCUCCCAAGAGCUAAAGCUCACUUAACUAAAGUGAUUCACACCCUAAAACCCCUCUAAAACUCUAAUAUAUAUACUAUCUCAAUACCCCCAUUACAAUGACCAACGUACCUUUUCAUCUUUUUGGAAUUUUAUUUUCGGAUACCCCUCGACUUUCGUUACAAGACAUUAAUGAGAUCAACGCUUUUUAGUCCUAUUCGAUCGAUCAAAAAUUGCUUCCAGUACCGAUUACUGGAAUUUUAUUUUGAAUAUUUUAGCUUCUUUCAUGGGGUUUAAGGAAGAUGAAAGAAGAGCAUUGGGUUUUAAGGUGAAUUUCUAGUGGGUAAAAGAAGAAGAGGAAGGUGAAGGAAUGAGUUGGAUAUGACUCGUCUUCCACAAAUUGUUUUCAGUUCGAGAUAGAAGGUGCAAGUAGAAGACUGAAAUUGUUCGUGAACUGAAAAAAAUUGAAGGACUGUCAUUUGAACAACGAAUUGAAGCUAGAAAACUUUUUGUCCAAAAUUUGUACGAAUCUUUUAUUUACUUCGGAUGAUGAAUACAAGUUGGUAUUUGUUUUUGGUUUGUUUAAGUAAGGUGAGAUUUAAUAGUUGAUGGUAUUUCAAAAAAUACUAUUAGGGUGAAUUUAUAUGUGUUUUACUUUGGAAAAACUUUUAAUUAGCUGGUUAAUUUAAUCUUUUGGAUGAAACUUUUGGCAAUAUAAUAGCCAUCUUUUGGAUUAUAAACUAGAUAAUAUGCAAACUUUUAGAAUUGAAAAUUUUAAUCAAUAUUUAUUUUUCUUGAGUGAUUUUAACCAAUAUUUUUAAGAUAUGCUAUUAUGUGUUAAAGAACUUUAAUUGUUGUUUGAAUUAUUAAUUUUUGAAAAAAUUAUUAACAAAUUAAUUUUGCAAUUGAUUGUUUGUGACAAGUGUAUAUAUAUAUUUUACUUUUUAUAAUCAUUUAUUAUUGUUAAUUUUUUUUAUAAAAUUAUAUAAAAAUAAUAAAUAAAAAGUAUUUUGAACACUUGGAAAGAAAAAAAAGUACUGAAUUAUUUUUAUUUUACAAAAAAAAAAUCAAGUUAUUAUUGUGAAAAAAAAAUUGUCACAUUCCAUUCCUAUGUCAACCAAACACUCUGGACAAUCAAACACGGUAAUGUUGCUUUUCUAGGUUUACAAUUCCAUUCAUCACUCUCCAAGUAAUGUUAAACCUAUUCUCACGAAAUAAAACCUGCAUACCAAAUGACCCCUAACAUAUACACUAUCUUAAUACUCUUAUUACAAUGACCAAUGUACCCUUUUUAUUUAUCUUUAAGGCCUAACAAUACUGGUCGCCCGAAAUUCACCUUGUCCUCAAGAAGGUGAAGGAGAUCAACUUGAAUCUUUGUGGUUAUAACCUUUGGUUCUCCUCUGUCAAAAAACCAAGCCAGCAAAUGAAUCACACUUAGAGCAAACUCAGUAGGAUGACAUUUAAGGGAGUCCUUCAGUAGGCGGAAAAAAAUGUGCAGGUUGAUCCCAUUUUCUGUACAGUUUGGCACUGGUUUUCACUGCUUCAAUGUUUCCAAGAGUGAGUUGAUGGAAAUGAUCAUAUGGUUCAGCAACCCAUGCAUAGUUGUCAAGGCACCAUGAUGUGCACUGCACUCUUAAUUGAAUGUCUUGAGUUACAGCUUUAAUUGCCCGAGAAAGAAAAUAAUUUUCUGGAGCAAUAUCUUCUCUGAUUAUGGACCAAUCAACAAGCCUUUUCCAGAGAAUUAAAUUCUUGAGUAUUAAAUACGCAACAAGCAAAUAGAACCCUAAGGCUCUCCUCUUAUAACCCAAUCCAUCUCGUCUCAUAACAACCUGAUGCAAAGCCCCAUGUGGCUUGUUUUCUUUAGUAAUUCCUUUGCUUUUAAUCUUGGGGAAAUUAUAUAGUAUACCACUUUAUUUUAUCUAUUUUAAUUUUUACCUUUAUUUUUAUAUUCUUUCAUAUAUAUCUAUUUUCAUAAAUGAUGUUUCUAUUAUACCCUUAAAUUAAUAUAAGUUAUGUGCUAGAGUUAAGUAGAGGGUAGGAAAAGGAAAAAUCAUAACUUGUCCCACCAUGCAUCAAUAACGACUCAUGGCUCAUCAAUAACGACUCUCCCAUGGCUUCCAUCGCCUACAUCCGCCUUCCCGGCGGCGACUCAGGCCGCUUUCAAACCUCACCUUUCGCCAGAGCUUCUUCCUCUUCUUCGACGUCUUCCGUGCUUUGCUAUGCAAAGUCUCCUCGUCCCUGAGAGCAUGGAGUAGUGGUGGUGGAGCUUGGAGAAGCGGUCUUCCACUGCUAUCUCUCCCUGAGUUUAGUCUCUUACUAUCUCUGUCGUGGUUCUUCCUGUUCUUUGGCUUUGUCCUUUGGCUUUGUCCUUCUGGCUUUGAUCCCGUUUCUUGUUCCCUAGCUUUUCUUUUAUUUUUCUUUCUAGCCUUGUCCCGUGUGCGUGUUUUGUUUCAUUCCUUUGGUUCCUGGGUCUCUUGUUCUUUCUCUUGUUCUUGUUCUUUCUCCUCUGCUUCGUGUGCGUGUUUGCGGUUCGUCUUAGUGCAGUGGCGGCCAUGGUGGUGGAGGAGGUUAAUGGCUCGAAGCACCCUUUGUUUGGUAUGCGGUUGCCUUCGGCUUCUCGGUUCCAUGUUCCAUUCUCGUCUGCUGGGACACAGGCGGGUUGGGUCGCUCCUGGUGGUCGUCGGUUUUCUGAACAAGGUGGAGCGGAGGUCCGGCCGAUGUCCGACUCGUCUCGAGUUUUGGGAAGGAGGAGGAAAGGUUCUGGGAGUAAUUUGGCUGUGCGUUACCAGGGUGGGCAUCGGAUGUGGGUGCCCGAGAGAGUGUCAGUUGGUCGGGUUUCUAGAUUUACUGGAAUUGGUAAUAGGGUUGGCUUGAAUUUGAAUGUUGAGGGAAAGGUUGCUGUGACUUUUCCCUGUUUAGUGCCUGCAUCACUGGUGGUGGAUAUGACAAAUCUUUUGGUCAUUGGUAUUCCUUCUCCUGAUGGGGACUAUUUAGACGUUGGGUCUUUAUUUGGUUUGGUUGAAUUGGGCCAUGUGUUUGUUGGGCCGAGGGGGGUAGUGAAGGUUAGUUGUGGGCCUGGUAUGGGUGUUGAGGAGGGUGUUGGUGAAGUGUUGACUUUGAGUAGUGGGCCUAGUUGGUGUGUGGGUUUGGAUUUCUUUUUAGUAAAUGGGCCGUGUGCUUCUAUAGGGCCGGAUUUGAUUAUUUUUUUGGAGCUUAUUGUGAUGCCUUUGGGUGGUAGUGGGACGAGAGAUGUGCUUGGGUCGGGUCAUUUGGAGAUAGGGAGUAGUGCUUUGGGCACUUUCUUUGAUAAACUCUUUGUGGAUUUGGGUGGGUCUUUUGACAAGGUUGGUUCCACCCUUGGGAGUGGAGGGGCUUUGGUAGGAAAGGAGAUUCUUUUUGCCAAUUCUAAUGGUAAAGAGAUAGAGGAAAAAUUUGUAGAGGACCGGAGGGCCUUGUCUCUUUUAUUUAAAACUCAUAAGGAGUUGCUUUAUGUCCGUAUACUUUUUGGGAAGUUGGAGCUAUACGAGAUCAAGAAUGUGGGUGGUGUUUUUGGAGUGGCGCCUUCUUCUGUAACUAAUGAACACACUAAGCAUUCUGUGAUUGAAGAAGCUGACCCCAGCUUAUCUGCUCACUCGAUUACCCCUGUGGAGGAGAAUGUCAGAUCUCCUCCACAGGCGCCAUGAGAGGUGUUGCUUGGAACUGUAGAGGGUUGGGGCAGACCUCUACAGUUCAGGAGUUGAAGUCCCUGCUCAGGGUGCACUCUCCUGAUUUUGUGUUUUUAACUGAGCUCAAGGUGGAUGCCACCCCCCUGGUACGUAUUCUAAAAGCUCUUCACUUUUAUUUUCAUAUUUUUGUGCCGCCUAUUGGUAUUGCUGGGGGUAUCGUUUUAGCUUGGAAGGCUGGCUUUUGCUUUGAAUGUAUCUCUUGCUCUCGUAACCAUAUUUCGGGGCUUGUGUAUUCGGAUCCUCCUACCCACCCUUGGCUUCUUUCGUGCGUGUAUGGCCCGCCCUACAAUCAUGCAAAAAAGAAUUUUUGGACUGAGAUCAUGGCUUUAGGAGAUAGAUUCAGUGGUCCUUGGUUAAUUUUUGGUGAUACCAAUUUUGUCCUUAGUCAUUCUGAGCGGGAGGGGUCGUCGGGUAGGGAUCCCUUUAUCCCUUUUAUUUCUAACCUUGUAGAGUCACGUGGCCUUAUCAAUAUGCAUAUUAAAGGGGACAUGAUGACUUGGGAUAACCACCGGUCGGGGGAGAGACAUGUUAAGUCGGCCCUUGAUAAAGGCAUAGUGAAUGGAGCCUGGCUUCACCUUUUCCCCAAAGCUACUCUCUGUUCUGUCCAGACGAGUACUUCUGACCAUAGGUCGUUAUGUCUUGAUACGGUAGGGACUGUGCCUAAAUUUAAGAGGUGUUUCAAGUUUGAGGAAAGUUGGACGAGGGAUGCUAGAAGCAACCUUGUUGUUGCCAAUGCCUGGGUUUCGGUGGGUCAUUCCUGGGCUCCCGCCCACGUUUUUAAAAAGAUAGGUGCUACUCGGGUGGCUCUUCUUCAGUGGAAGAGAACGCAGUUUGGGAAAACUGAUGAGGAAAUUAAAGCUUUGGAGUUGAAACUGGAUAGAAUACAACAGUUGCCUGCUGGUUCUAGAGAUUGGAAUUUAGAAUGUGAUACUAGACGUAACCUGAAUGAAGCCAGAACUAGGAAAGCGGUGUACUGGAAACAAAGGGCGAGAAUUGCGUGGCUAAAGGAUGGGGAUAAAUGCUCAAAAUUUUUCUUUCUCUCUGCUGCUAUUAGAGGAAGGAGAAAUGCUAUUGAGUGCAUUUUGAAUAAACAUAAUGUCUGGAUUUAUGAGCGGGAAUUGAUUGGUCAGGAAUUCUUGGAUUUUUUCAAAGAUGUUUUCUCUGGAUCUAAUUAUGACCGGCAGGUAGAUUGUGGUCAUUUAUUCAAGGAAAAGAUUUCUCUUGCGAACCAGGUCGAGGUUGUCGGGUGCCCAUCUCGUGAAGAAAUAAGAAAUACUCUGUUUGCCAUGAGUAAUCAUAAAGCCCCAGGACCUGAUGGAAUGUCCGUUUUAUUCUUUAAACACUAUUGGGAGUCAGUUGGAGAGGAUUUCUGUGACGCAGUUGCUGAUUUCUUCGUCAAAGGAAGAAUGCAUAAGGGUGUGAAUUCUACUAAUGUGGUGCUGAUACCAAAAGUGCAAAACUCGAAGAGACCAAACCAGUUUAGGCCCAUUUCUCUUUGUAAUGUGAUGUACAAGGUCAUUUCUAAAAUCAUUGCAAAUAGAAUUAAGCCUAUCCUCCCGUCUCUUAUCUGUCCUACUCAAGCCGCAUUCGUUCCAGGAAGGAGUAUUCAAGAUAAUAAUGUUUUGGUGCAAGAGAUCAUCCACUCCUUCAAUCGGAAGCAAGGAAAAGAGGGGUUCUUUCCGAUCAAGAUAGACCUUGUGAAAGCCUAUGACAGGCUGAGUUGGACUUUUAUAGAGCAUGUUCUUGGUUGUUUCGGAUUCCCUCAAAAGUUUUGUAGUUGGGUCUCUCAGUGCAUAUCCACCACCUCCCUCAACAUUUGUCUCAAUGGUGGUCCGGUCGGCAAAAUCAUACCUUCCUGUGGCAUUAGGCAAGGUGACCCGUUAUCCCCCUACCUUUUCAUUUGUGCAGCGGAAGUGUUUUCUAGACUCUUGGAAGAGGAGAUUGGAAAGGGUAUUAUUAAAGGGAUACAACUUAGCAGGGGAGGGCCGGUGCUCUCCCAUAUUUUCUUUGCUGAUGACCUCAUCUUGGUUGGUCGGGCUAACAUAAAUGAAGCUAAAUCUUUUUGGAAUUGUCUUGAGAAGUUCUGCUCGUGGUCUGGACAGAAGGUUAAUAAACUUAAAACAUCAAUUUUCUUUAGCAAAAAUACCUCAGCAGGAAUGAGGAGAGGAAUUAAAGAAGCUCUGGGUAUAGACACUCCUGAGGGAGUUAUUAAGUAUUUGGGGUUGCCUCUCUUUAGAUCAAGACAAAAAGAUGCUGACUUUAAUUUCAUUCUUGAAAAUCUCAGUUCUAAACUUCAAGGGUGGAAGGCUAAAACUUUAUCAAAAGCGGGUAGGGCUACCCUCAUCAAGUCCGUGGGGCUGUCUUUGCCCGUCUAUGCCAUGCAGACUACCAAAUUUUCUAACCGCCUUGUGAAUAGGAUUGAUGGUAUGAUUCGUGACUUCUGGUGGGGUUUUGAGAAAGGGAACCAUGGUCUUUACCUUAAAGCAUGGGAUAAGCUUUGCCUUCCCAAGUCCAUGGGAGGUCUGGGUUUUCGGAAAACAAAGGAAAUGAACCUUGCCUUUUUGGCUAAGUGGGGGUGGAAUUUAUUGACUGGGAGUCAGUCGUUAUGUAGUAAGAUCCUGGAGGCUAAAUACCUUAAGGGAAGGGAUUUCCUUGAGUGCAAGUACAAAGAUUCUGAUUCCUGGUUUUGGAAGAAUGUCAUAAAAGCCAAUGCAAUCCUUCGAAAAGGGGCUUGCAAGAGGGUAGCCGAUGGAAGAGACACUAGCAUCUGGAGGGACCCUUGGAUCCCUCAUUUGAAAGGUUUCGUCCCGAAACCAAACAGAAGUGUAGUAACGGACAACAACUGUGUGGCAGAUCUCUUGUCUCCUAGGGGUGGGUGGGAUUUGCAUAAGUUAAAUAGUCUUUUCGAUCAUGAGACUGUUUCUGCUAUUCUUAAAGAUGGUCCCCCCUAGUAAUGGAAAAGAUAGUUGGAUUUGGACGUUGGAGAGUAAUGGGCGGUUCUCUUGUAAAUCGGCUUAUCUGUCUCAGGCUUUGGAGAGAGCACCUCCUAGUAAUGUUGCCCCAGCUCUUUGGAACAAACUUUGGAAUAGUAAAAUAGUGGAGC